AAAGAAGUGUAAUUCUCGAGAUUGGAUGACUCGUAGUCGUAGUCGCAGUCAGUCACGUACGAUCGUCCCAACCAUCACAAGGCAAAUCAGUUUGAGUUAUGACGAUUUAGCACUCGGGGAUCACCGAUUCAAUCAGUCAGCAAACCAUCUGCCGGUACUGGAGAGUAAAUUUUAUCCCAACAUAAUGGCUGAGUCAGCUGUGGGGAGGAAGGGGGAUGAAAGUCCUACCACUCACCUAGACUGUACCUUAGAAGAUUCAGCGAUGUCCACUUCAGGCUAUGCCCAGGUGGUCUUUCAUAACGUACAGGAGAGAUAUACUCCAGGUUCACACAUUGAAUGUACCUACACUUUGACUCCAGCCAUUCAGCCAGCAACCAGAGACUGGGUGGGUAUCUUCAAGGUAGGAUGGAGCUCCACUCGCCAGUACAAGGCGUUUGACUGGGCACCUUACCCCACUGACUGGGUAGAAGGGAGAGAGUAUGACCAGACAGUCAGGUUUAGUUCAUACUACCUACCCAAAGAAGAGGACGGUGAGUUUUACCAAUUCUGCUUCAUUGACUCCGCUGGUAAGAUGCGAGGAGCAAGCACACCAUUCCAGUUUCUAGACCGAUCCUCUGAAGACUUUGUGGAGGUUGAAGAUGCAUCCAUGGGUCUCUUAAUGAUACAGUCUAAGAGCUCUGCUUAUGAGGAGCAGCUCAAGAAGAUUAUAAAGGAGAAGGAUGAGCUUCUUGAGACUCAGUCUGAGUUACAAUCUCACCGUCAGGGUCUUGAGAGUAAGAUCGUGAAUUUGGAGCAACUCCUUAAAGAGAGCCGGCAGAGUGACCAGAAAGCCAGCAAGGAAAACCAAGAGCUGAAAGAGCAGCAUCAGAUUCUUCUUCGUGAGAAGACAACUCUUGAAGGUCGCAUAGAAGAGGUUCUAAACGCCCUGAGCAGUCUUGAGCAGGACAAGACACGCUGUGAGAAGGCCUUGGAGGUUACCAAGAUAAAGCUUCAAGAAGCUCAGAAUCAGACAGCCAAGGUGUCACAACAGAAGGACCAGCUUGUUAAAGAUCUCAGUCAGGUCCUACAUGAAAGGGAUGAGUUCAAGAGCCAGUUUGCCUCCUCUGAGAAUUCCAAUAAGGAAUUGCGUAAUGAGGUCUCUAGCCUGCUACACCAGCUGUCACAAACCAGCCAGGUCACACUAGAUGUCAAGGAACAAGAAGCACAGAUUAGGAAUGAAAAAAAAAAGGUAGAACAGCUGCUACUGGUUGCUACGGCAGAUAAGGAUCACAUGCACAGCAUUGGGGAGAAGUUGCGAAACAGAGACGAUCAAUAUGCUGCAUGUGAAGCUAGUAGACGCCUGCUGUGUACGGAGGUAGACACCAUGAAAGCUGUCCAUCACAAACUCUCUAAUGAUCUGCAGCGAGCAGAGACAGAGAAGGAUGCCCUGAAGGGUCUAAUGAGACGUAAGGAGAAGGAGUUUAAGGAUCAUGAGAAGCAGUUGAGGAGUCAGUUCCAUCUUCAAUCUCACCAGGCUAGAGAGAGAGAGGUGAUGAUAUUAGAGCAGGUUGGAACACUCAAGGGUAGCAUCAAACUACUGGCUGAGGAGAAGGAACAGGCUCUGAGAUCCAAUAAGGGUCCUAUGGAGGCCUCCCAGGUUGUCAUGAAAGAGCUCAAGGAGAAACUUAAACGAACGCAGUCUAAGCUUGAGGAGGAGACUAAGAAACGAACUGAACUACAAAAGAAACUGAGCACCAGUGAAGCCAUCUUUGCCCAGGAGAAGAAUGACUUGACUCGAGACAUUAAUGAUAUGAGACAACGUCUACAGAUGGGAGCUGAGGAGUACAAGAAGAAGUAUCUGGAAUGUCUGCAGUUAGAAGGAAAGCUCAAUAAGAAGAAGACUCAGCGGAGUAGGGCUGCAUCCAAGGAAGAAGUUGGAUGGAUCUGGAAUGAAGAUGCCAAAGAAAAUGAGCCGGUGAUUCAGGAAGUACUGCUGCAGGCUUCCCCAACAGAGAAAUCAUUUGACAAUGCUGAAAUUCAGCAGCAGAUAACAGUGCUGGCUCAAGAGCUAGAGGAACGUGGCAUGAAAGUCAAGAAGUAUAAAGAGUUGUUCCAGGCAGAGAAACAGAAGAGACAGCAGCAGGAUCAAUCAUUCCAGCAGGAGAGAGCUACAUUUGAGAUGCAGCUUGACGCAGCUAACAGCUGUGCCCAAGAACUGGAUGAAAAAGAGGAAGACAUCAAGCUACUGCAGGACAAAAUUUCUAAACUUCACACUGACUAUAUGAAGAUGAAGCACACUCAUGAGGUAUACAAGUUUGAUGUACUCCAGAAGUCUUCACAAAGUUCACCUCCCAGCACCCCUACUGGAAUGAGCCCCAUCCACUCCUCCAAAAUGGCCGUCUGUCAUGGACCACCGAAUGGGCAGUUGAUGUUCAGAAACCCCUACGUUGAUCCAAAGCCGGGGUAUCAAAACCCUUACAAUAGUCCGGAAGACGCAACUAAACACUAUGGCAACCCAUACAAAGGCAAGGAAGAAAUCACAGCACAGCCCUCAGCUCCCCCAUCACCACCAGGUCUGACUGAGAUGCCAGCUGUCCCUACCUUGGCUCCUAAGAACCCACCAGAAAAAAAGUUGAAAUCCAAAGCCCCUCUCCCAGAACCACUUAAGCCAGAUGUCUUACCAGAAGGAAAGAUCGCAGCCAUUAAGACUGUAGCUAAACAUCAUCAGACUGCGAAGCUGCUGGAUCUAGCUUUGUCUGCGGGUUAUACAGAGAGUGCUGAAGAAGAAAGGGAAGAGGGUCCAACCGAGUUCCAUGAUGCAUGUGAGGAAUUACCGUUGAGCGAGGGCGGUUUGAAGAUCAUGACGUGUCCAGAGUGUGAGAUAGAGUUCCCACCAUCGUUCCCGGAGGCUGAUUUUGUUGCCCAUAUCCAGCAGCAUUUUGCUCGUCUAUGUCCAAUGUGUAACAUGUUAAUGCCAUGUAAGACGCCAGACGAGGAGUAUGAACGUCAUGUGCAAACACACUUUGGGGAUGACUAAAGAGGUUGCCUAAACAGCCCACUGAGAAGUGAUUACUCUGUUUCCCCCGUUGUGUUGCUUUGCUUUUGCAAUUUGUGUGAAGUAUAUACUGGGCUUAUCAACAUCUUAAACUUUCUUAAACUAAGGUGUUACUGCAACUCUUGACAGAUCCUACAUUUUGCUUCAGUCGGUUUGGUUGCUACUUUGGGAUUUGUUUACAAUUGAAAUUAAUCACAUUAUUUGUAAAAGUAAACAGUCACCUUUGAAAUUUAUCCAAAUGAAACACAACAUGA